GUGGACUUUUGAUGUGUAAUGACAUGAAUGACAAUUCGCGACCAUACAUCAUACCAAAACAGAAUACUAAAUUUCUUCUCAUUUCCCACGUUUAUUAAAUAAAUUAAUUGCGAAAGGCUAUGACAAUGGUUGCAUUUAAUAAAUUGCUUUUAGUGAUCGGUUUUGUGUUUCUCAUUCAUGCUGCUUACUCGGCGGCUCAACACCGUACAUAUUUGAGAAUAACCGAGCAGGAGUCUACAUUUUUGCCAUUUGAUAUUCUCCUGCAAGCCAUUACAAGUUUGUUCUUGAUUGUCUACAGCCUGUUACAAGUAGUCGGCGAUUUCAAGGAAAUUAGGGCAGCUGUUGAUUUGCAAGGCAAAUCAUGGGAAACAUUAUCAAAUAUUCCGUCAUUUUACACAUUCAAUCAUCGCGGAAAAACAUUAUCUGCUGCGUACGCACAGCCAAAUAGCAUGGGAAAAUCUAGCUUAGACACGGACGAUUGAUUGUCUGAAAUAUUAACUUAAUUCUAAAUAAAUUGAAUUUUCCAAAGAA